UAUCUGUCAUUUCAUGUCAGUUUCUUUGGCAGACUGAAGCUGUUCUAUGGCCAAUUCAAAAGGGUCUUCACACAUUAGAAAUUUGCCAUACUCAGGAAAACAAUCACUGCUGCCUCCUAAAAGUCCCUUUCCGAGUAUAUCACCAUCCUAUACUGAAUAUGGAACCAGUCCUGCAAUAGGAUCGAAAGCUAUUCCGAAGCAAAGAGAGGGGCAUAGACACCACCAACGUACUUCUUCUGAGAGCUUUCUAACAGAGGAUCAACCUUCUUGGCUUGAUGAUCUCCUUAAUGAGCCAGAGACACCUUUGCGAAGGGGUCACCGGCGGUCUUCAAGUGACUCAUUUCCUUACUUGGACACUGUUAAUGCUUUUAACUUGGAAAAUGUAGCUCAGGAGGACAACUUUAAAAAGGCCUCUUUACCUACUUGGGGAUCUCUGGAAUUUGAUCCUUACAAAGAGGCAUGGCAUGCUUCUUUCUACACAGAGCCAACUUCUUUUGGAAGCCUGCAGAAUAGGUCAUGGGAAUCUUCAUUGAAUUCUGUUAACUACUUAAGUGGCCAUCCAUCUUCCAGGGAUAAUAGUGUACGUCAAAGCUCUGGACAGUUAUCUGUGCCACAGGAACCGGACAGGGUUCCAUCUACAGCUACUGACAAGCAAGAACAGGGGGAAUCUGGGUCACAUAAUCUAAAAGGUUCUUCUGAUAAGAAGGAUAACUCUUAUGCUAAGCCUACUGCAUCAGAGACAGAUCCAAACCGUACUAAACAGCAAUUUGCUCAACGUUCGCGAGUCCGGAAACUUCAGUACAUAGCUGAACUGGAAAGGAAUGUCCAAGCUUUACAGGCAAAAGGGUCUGAAGUUUCAGCUGAGCUUGAAUUUCUGGACCAGCAAAAUCUUAUAUUAAGCAUGGAGAACAAAGCCCUGAAGCAACGGCUUGAAAGUUUAGCACAGGAGCAACUUAUAAAAUACUUGGAGCAGGAUGUGUUGGAGAGAGAGAUUGCAAGGCUACGAGCAUUGUCUCAGCAACAGCAGCAGAAGCAGCAACAACCACCACAACCAUCGUCAACUCAUCGCCGUGCCAGCAGUAGGGACUUGGAUUCCCAAUUUGCCAACCUAUCUUUAAAACACAAAGAGGCGAGUUCUGGUCAUGAUCCAGUCACUGGGCCACUUCGUAUUUGAGUUCAGAUAGAAUAUGUGCCAUAUUAUGUACCUUGCACUCCAACUCUGGUGACCGAGGUAGUUUCUUUUGUGGAGAAGGACUGAGGGUAGCCAUCAGAAUCUUGGGGCCCUGACAGCCACUAUUCCUCCCCAACAACCAUAUUGUGUUUCUGAUAUCUUCAUUUGUGCACCUGGUGGUCGUUGCCGGAGAAUUGAUUUUCUGGCAGGCGAUUCAUCGGAGGUGAUAACUUCGUUAAUCUUUUCCUCCCCCCCCUCCCCCUUUUAUUGGUUGUCUCCUGUAUCGCAAAGUGAUUCUUAUUCAUGAGUAGUCGCUUCACAGUCAUGAUUCUUCAGAUGAGGAACUGCUUGUAUUGAUUGUGAAGAUAGUUUAUGACCCUUGGAUUGGAGAUUUAA